AUAAGGGCCUAUAUGGUUCUUUAUUAUUUGACCUGCUAAAAUUUCAAAAAUAAUUGAUGCCUGUUUAUUAUGUUUGGAUCUUGAAAUGAGUAGAGUCACUGUUUCGUGCCCAAAUUUUUUUAUAGCAAUUUCAUUUCGUUUUGUUUGCAAACAUAUGGUAUUUUACUUUGUGUAUGCAUGCCAGAAUGAGUUACACUCAUAUAUAAGGGCCUACAUGGUUCUUAAUUCUUUGGCCUGCUGAAAUUCCAAGCGUAACUGAUGCCAACGUAUUAUGUUUGGAGCUUGAAGAUGGUGGAGUCAAUGUUUCUUCCCCAGAUUUUUUUAUAGCAAUUUUAUUUCGGUUUUUUGUAAAGCGUAUGGUUUUUAACCUUACGUAUAUAUGAUAGGAUUUUGAUUAUUUGGCUUGCUGAAAUUUCAAGUUAACUGAUGCCUAUGUAUUUUGUUUGGAAAUGUGUGGAGUCAAUGUUUCUUGCCCAGAAUUAUUUAUAGCAAUUUCAUUUUUUUUUUGUUGCAAACAUAUGGCUUUUGACUCAGUGUAUAUAUAGUAGCAUGACUUACACUCAUAUUUUAGGGCCUACAUGGUUCUUGACUAAUUGACCUUCUGAAAUUCCACGGAUAAGUGAUGCCUAUCUAUUAUGUUUGGUACUUGAAAUGAGUGGAGUCAUUAUUUUUGGCUCAAAUUUUUUUACCGCAAUUUCAUUUCGUUUUUCUUUUCAAUCAUAUGGUUUUUGGCCUUGUGUAUGUAUGGUAGCAUGACUUACACUCAUAUAUAAGGGCCUACAUGGUUCUUGAUUAUUUGACCUGCUGCAAUUCCAAAGAUACGUGAUGCCUAUGCAUUAUGUUUGAAGCUUGAAAUGAGUGGAGUCAAUGUUUCUUGCCCAGAUUUUUUUAUAGCAAUUUCAUUUCGUUUUUGUAGCAAACAAAUGGUUUUGACCUUGUGUGUGUGUAUGUUAGCGUGACUUACACUCAUAUUUCAGGUCCUACAUGGUUCUUGAUUAUUUGGCCUUCUAAAGUUCCAAGGGUAACUGAUGCCAAUGUAUCAUUUUUGGAGCAUGAAAUGAGUGGAGUCAAUGUUUCUUACCCAUAUUUUUUUAUUGCUAUUUCAUUUCGUUUUUUCUGAAAACAUAUCGUUUUUUUCCCUACGUAUAUAUGGUAGCGUGACUUACACUCAUAUUUAAGGGUCUACAUGGUUCUUGAUUUUUUGGCUUCUGAAAUUCCAUGGGUAACUGAUGCCAAUGUAUUAUGUUUGGAGCUUGAAAUGAGUGGAGUCAAUGUUUCUUGCCCAGAUUUUGUUUUAACAAUUUCAUUUAGUUUUUUUAGCAAACUUAUGGUUUCUGACCCUAUGUAAAUAUGGCAGCAUGAGUUACACUCAUAUUUAAGGGCCUACUUGGUUCUUUAUUAUUUGGCCUUCUGAAGUUCCAAGGGUAACUGAUGCCUAUGUAUUAUGUUUGGAGCUUGAAAUGAGUUGAGUCAAUAUUUCUUUCCCAGAUUUUUUUUAAAGCAAUUUCCUUUCUUUUUUUUUGCUAAGCAUAUGGUUUUUGACCCUAUCUAUAAAUGGUUGUGUGACUUACACUCAUAUGUAAGGGCCUACAUGGUUCUUGAUUAUUUGACCUGCUGAAAUUCAAAGGAUAAUUGAUGCCUAUGUAUUAUGUUUGGAGCUUGAAAUGAGUGGAGUCAUUGUUUAUUGCCUAGUUUUUUUUAUCGCAAUUUCAUUUUGAAUUUUUUGCAAACAUAUGGUUGUUUAGCCAGUGUAUAUAUUGUAGCGUGACUUACACUCAUAUUUAUGGUUGUACAUGGUUCUUGAUUAUCUGGCCUGCUGAAAUUCUCAGGGUAACUGAUACCUAUGUAUUAUGUUUGGAGCUUGAAUUGAGUGGAGUCAACGUUUCUUGCCUAGAUUUAUUUAUAGCAAUUUCUUUUCGUUUUUUUGGCAAACAUAUGGUUUUGAAUAGUCUUAUGAUGAAGGUUUAAAUACAUGUAUUUUUUAGUUUGCAGUUCACGUUGGGUAAGUCAAAAAACUGAGAUGGAUCCCACGAAUUCAGUCGGUGUGGCAUCUAGCACAUAUCCAAAUGUGGGUAGUAUUGAUGAAAUCCCGGAUGGUGGUUGUUGCUCACUAAACAAGAGUCACGAAAUAGAAGAACCAUGUGUAGGAAUGAUGUUUGGAUCAGAGCAUGAUGCAUAUGAGCUCUUUAAGUCUUAUGCAUUCACUAAGGGUUUUGGUGUUCGUAGGGGGAGUACUCAUACCAAGAAAGGUAAACGGAUCGAUAGGGUUUAUGUUUGGUGCAAGGAAGGCUUUAAACAAGAAAAACCUAAUAAAAGUGGAAAGGUUUAUCCUGAGUUAAGGUGUGGGUGCAAGGUUAGGAUGUGCAUAAGUAGUCAAGAAAAAGACGAGUGGAAAGUGACUAGCGUUUUUAUAGAUCAUAAUCAUGAUCUAGUUAGUCCAAGAAAAGCUCGUCUAAUUUACACGCAUCGAUCAUUGUCGAGUGCUACAAAGUCAUUGAUACAUUCAAUGAGCUCGGCAAUGAUUAAGCCUAGACAUAUUCAUGACAUAUUCAUAGAGCAAGCUAGAGGGAUCGACAGUGUCCCUUGUACACAAAAGGACAUUCAAAAUGAAAUAGCAAGCGCUAGAAAAAAACUUAGAGGAGAAGAUGGAAAUUUAAUUUGGCAAUGGCUUUAUAAAAAGAGCCAAUCGAACCCUUCAUUUUUUUAUAGAUUGAGAUUAGAUGAAGAUGAUCACAUUCACAGUAUCUUAUGGGUUGAUUCUACAUCUAGAGUUUCCUACCAGUGCUUCUCUGAUGUAGUUACCUUUGAUACUACAUACAAGGCAAAUGUGUUUGGUAUGCCCUUUGCACCUAUACUUGGUGUAAAUCACCAUUUCAGUACAACUUUCUUUGGGUUUGCACUCAUAUUUGACGAGAAGAUAGAAUCAUUUAUAUGGGUAUUUGAAAACUGGUUGGAAGCCAUGGGUGGACGACAACCAGGCGUUAUUCUCAUUGAUCAAGAUCCUACAAUUUCAUAUGCAGUGAGGCAAGUUCUUUACCAAAGUAAGCAUCAUUAUUGUAAGUGGGACAUAUUUGUGGAGAUCAAAGAAAAAGUGUGUCAUGUCUUGUGCAUGCAUCCUUCUUAUUCAGAUACCUUUAGGAAGUGUGUGGCAAGGCCAACAAUUGAAGAAUUUGAAUCAGCUUGGAAAUCAAUGAUUGAUAAUUAUAACCUGAAAGACAAUGAAUGGCUAAGUAGGCUUUAUGGUUGUCGCAUGCAAUGAGUUGAUGCAUACUUGGUUGGCAAGUUCACUGCGGGUAUGACUUCUACUCAAAGGAGCGAAGAGAUGAAUACGAUGUUCAAAAUGUACUUGACAUCCAAAACAAGAUUACGUGCAUUAUUAGAAGUUGUUGCAAAAGUCAACAAUAAGAAGGUGCAAAAAGAGAGGGAAAAUGACUUGAAAGAUAUUCAAACUACUCCAGUCUUGUAAACAACCACUUUCAUUGAGACAUAUACAUCAAAAAUCUAUACUCAAAAUAUUUUAAAGAUAUUUGGGGAAGAAGUGGCUAAUUGCUUUAAUUUUAUUAGGGAGACAGCUGAAGAUAAUGGACAGAUUGCAACCUUUAAGGCGGCAAUCCCAGGGACCGGAACUAAAUCCUACUUAGUGAAAUUCAAUUGCCAUGGCAAUUCUAUUUCUUGCUCUUGUCACUUCUUUGAGAGGAUGGGCCUUCUUUGUAGGCAUGUCCUGAAGAUUUUUAUGGUCAAAGAUGUGUUUAAAAUCCCUCCACAAUAUAUAAUGAAGCGUUGGCCCAAGGAUGCAAAGAAGGGAGUUUUUCUUGAUGACAUUGGGGAACAAAUUCAAGUAACAUCUGAACUACCACGCUCCAUUAUAUAUGACGAGGUUAUGCGGACAAGUCGAUCUUUUGCCAAGCGUGCUUCACAAAAUGUAGAGGGUUAUGAGUUUAUAAUGUCCAUAAUAAAAAAUGGAAUUCAUCAAUUUGAUGAAAUGUUCAUGUGCAAGAGAGGUCCACAUGAUAAUGUCAUGAUCCAUGUCAAUGAAGAUGCCAAUUCUGCUAGUUGUUGUAACACACCAAGUGCAAGUAAUCAUUGUCCUAACGUCCUUGAACCUUCACGAGCAUGGACAAAGGGACGACCGGCCACUAAAAGAAUGAAAGCUCGGUCUGAGGGAUGGAAGAUGAUAAAAAGGACAUGCACAGUAUGCAAUGACAAAAGGAACUGCCCGUCAUUUGUUUCUGAUAGGUACAACUACAUACCUGUACAUUAUUUUUAUUUGCAAUUGUAUUAUCCUCACUAUUGUUGAUGUAUUUGAUUUACACUUGUAUUAGCUUCAAUUUAAUUGCUAACAUAUGAAUUUAUCUUCCUCUUACAACGCUAAGGACAAAACACAUUGUAUACUUCGGAUCCAUAAGAAGUGAGUUGAUGGUAAGAUUCACUCGCAUUAAAUCCAUCCAUAUAGGAAUGGUAAUGUUUUGUUGUGUUAACACAUCAUAUGCUUAUUUGAAAAAAAAAUUUUAAAGAACCGUCUAAUUGGAAUAGUAUCCAUCAAAAUAUAUUUAAAAAUUGAAUUCGACUUGCAGCCUGGUUGAUUUAAAGUUUGACUUAUGAUCUGCUGUUGUCAUCUUGGCAAUAGUUGUUCAUCAAUCGAGAAGAUAUGAAUUCCUUGAAGAUCUUGUGUCGCAGAAAGUGAAAGCAAGUUGCAGAUGCUUUAAUUCCUUCUCUCUCUUAUGCAGAAGAUUUUUUUGUUGCAUGUGUGUACUUAUUGUAUGCUGAAGAUUUUUCCUUCUCUCUCUAGUGGUUCUUGCUGCUAGUCCAUGUGGAACAAAUUCUCUCUCUCUCUCUCUUUAAUGUCUUUAUAUGGAUAAUCUCUCUCUCUCUCUUUAAUGUCUUCAUAUGUAAUCUCUCUCUCUCUCUCUCUCUCUCUCUCUCUCUCUCUCUAAUAUCUUCUUGGUGGUUCCUGAUAUGGACCUCUUUGCAUUUGGAUUUCUUAAGCGUGACGGUUUCAUAAGAUUAAUAGGGAAGCAGUUGCUAUACAUCAAAACCAUUUAUUAGUUGGUAAACCUUCUAAUGAGUUCUACACCUGAGAAUUUCAUGAAUCCUGUUAUAAGAGAGAAGAACUACAAUGCUUUGGACAACAAGAAGUUGGCUUGCAUUUGUGAGAAGUUCAAGGAUUCACCAGACAGGUUGUUGGGGAGCUCGGCAAGCCCAAAUUUGAAGAAAACUGCACAAAAGAGGUCAAUGGAUGCGUUGAAGUAAUUGAAGGACCCCAGCUGAUGAAUUUGCCAGGAAGAAGGAUGGCCUUAGAGGAUUCUUAAAGUUCAUUUAUUUUUAUUUACUUUUUAUACCUUUUUGAAAUAGAUAUGUUUUUUGCAUGUAGGAACUUUUUGCAUUGGACUGCCAUUGUUGUUUGUUUAUUUCUGGGAAAUUUGGAAGCUUUCCUGAGUAGUGUUGACCAUGUUUUGGCAUGUUAUUUCAGUGGUGCAAAUUGAACAUGCAUUUCUUA